ACAUUGAAGCGGCGCCGAUAUCUUCGGUCUGUCCAGUAUGAUGAAGAGUCUGCGAGAGCACCUGCUAGUCCCGAUAGAUGACCUAGCGGGUCAACGCGUACAGCUUGUGUAUGCCCCCAAUGAACAUUUACAAAUGCUUCCCUUUGCGUUCUCCCAUCUACGCAUGACGGUCUACUGUUUGCUGUCUUUUCUAUCCUGUGGUACACUACUCAUCAUCUCUGUCUGGUACCCCGUGAUCUUCACGCGUAUUGCCCGAGUGGCAUUGCCGUAUUCAUCACUGAGCGACGCAGACGUCAUGUUGAUUCACGUUCAUGGCGACGGAGUACGAGCUCACUGGGUCGAGUGUCGGGUGCACCAUCCAGUACCAGAUAACGGCGACUACCGUACCAAAGUACCGUGGGUUUGGUUCGAGUUCAAGAAACAGCGGUACGUGUACGACUACGAACGCGGCGAAUUUCGACGAUACCUGGCUACAAUUCGACAGAAGCUAAGUAAGCUUCAGAAACACUCCGACGCUGGUCUGGAUGAACACGUCGUCAAGACAAGACGCGAAUUGUUUGGAGCAAAUCGUAUCACUAUUGACAAGCCGAGUGUUCUGGAACUUUUGUUCAUCAAGAUCGCUCAUCCAUUUUACGUGUUUCAAAUAUUUAGCAUCGUGAUUUGGCUUCUCCAAAGUUACACGAAAUACGCUAUUGUGAUCCUGUCGAUGUCUGUAGCCUCGUUGGGUUACGAGGUAUACUCUGAAGUCUCGAAUAACAAUCGAUUGCGAAGCUUAGUGCUCAGUGACAGGCAUUUCGAGGUCCUUAGAAGCUCGAGGACGCUGAGAGUGCAUGAGACUGAACUGGUUCCAGGUGACAUCGCGUUCGUGAGUGAGGGUCCUGUAUGUGCAGAUAUUUUACUGCUUUCUGGUGGUUGCACGGCUGAUGAGGCUUCGCUCACAGGUGAGGCGAUUCCUGUCAACAAGGAAUCAGCAGUUGGGACAGACUGGAUCACAGAUAUAAUGGCUCGAGAGAAGUUCAAAGCCUCAUUUUUGCAUACUGGGUCUACCGUCACUCGAGUAUUCAACAACGAUAAAGUGUGCAAGGGUGUGGUGAUCAACACAGGGUUUUCCACCGGGAAAGGCAAGCUCUUCCGCAGUAUCUUGUUCCCAAAACCGAUCACGUUCGAGUUUGAACGAGACAGUUAUCGGUACUUGGCUAUACUUUGGAUUGUCGCUAUUGCAGCGUUUAUCAAGCAGCUUGUGGCUGGAUUUCACGUAGGAACUCCAUUUGUUGCAACUCUGGUUACUUCGUUGAGCCUUAUUACAGUGGCCGUUCCUCCCGCUCUGCCGCUUGUUCUUACCUCUGGCAUCGGAUUCUCGAUGCACCGACUUCACCAACGAGGGAUCUUCUGUAUCGAUUCUCAACGUGUAAAUUCGUGCGGACAACUCUCGUGUUUCUGCUUUGAUAAAACCGGAACGCUUACCAAAGAACAUCUUAGCUUUGUUGGAGUCGUUUUGACAAAUCACAUUUCAUCCACAGAGCAAGUGUUAGACACAACACAUUCACUUGAGAUCAUGUCUGGAAUUCGUUUAGCUAUGGCGACAUGUCAUGGGUUAUCACAGCAUCGCGGUGUUGUUCACGGGUACCCACUUGAGAUAGAAAUGUUUAAGGCGACACACUACUCUAUGGAUUGUUGUCCAGAUUCUUCAAAUGCUGGGUACAGUGCAAUUGUGACCUCUACAGAUCUGAAAGCUACCAGAUACGGCAUCAUCAAGCAAUUCGCCUUCGACGCCGCAUACCAACGAUCUAGCGUUGUCGUCGAAGAAAUAGCGACCAGUAAAAGAUUUGUCUUUGUCAAAGGCUCACCGGAGGCAAUGAGUGCCAUCUCCGUCACGACUCCACCUGAUCUCAAGCAAAAAACAUUAUCCUACUCAUCCGACGGAUAUUACUGCAUUGGUUUUGGAAUGAAGGAACUGGAUUCAAAUAUUCCCAUUAAUGUGAACAACCGUGAAGAAGUGGAGAGGGCGGUGAAGUUUGAAGGUCUCGCUCUGUUCAAGAACGAGCUGAAACCCGAGGCGAAGCGUAUGCUUGACGCGUUGUACGUUGCAGAUAUCGACGUCCGAGUAAUUACAGGUGAUAACGCGUUGACUGCUGUUCACGCUUGUCGAGAGUUGGAGAUGAAAAUGAAGAGCAAAAUGGCCGUAGUUGACGUCGAUGAACAUACUGGUAGUACCGUGUUCAUGUCCGUCGACGAUGUGAAGAAGUCGGACGUCGGUCAAUGGUCGAGUUUCAAUUUAAACAACAUGAAUAUCGUGCUGGCUGAGUAUGAUCUGGCCAUCACGGGUGCUGCGCUCGACAAGUUGCAGUAUGACUACGGCACGGACACUGUACACAAGAUCAUUCAGCAAACCCCAGUAUUCGCACGCGUGAGGCCACAACAAAAGUCGUGGAUUGUGGAGCAACUCAUCUCGUUAGGCUUUGUGGUGGGAAUGUGUGGUGACGGGACGAACGACUGCGGUGCACUGAAGGCUGCGCAUGUGGGUCUAGCCUUGUCGAGUGCAGAGGCUUCAAUCGUGGCUCCGUUCACUAGCAAAGCAAAGGCGAUUACCGAUGUACCAGUGUUGAUUCGUGAAGGCCGCUGUGCUUUAGCGACGUCGUUUCUGGGUUUCAAGUACAUGGUGUUGUACCCGAUCAUCCAGUUAGGCAUGGCGAGUGUGUUGGCGCAGAUCGGUGUUUGGGCUGGCGUCGACAUUCAGCUCUCGGAUAUGCAAUAUUUCUGGGACGAUCUUGCAAUUGUCCUUGCUUUAGCAGUGUGCAUGUUGUAUACUAGUCCGUCGAAGUCGCUCUCCAACGAGAAACCUCCGAGAACAUUGUUUUCACUGGAGGUCGUGGCAUCUAUCAUCGGUCAUAUUGCGAUCUUUGCAGUGUUCUUUGCACUGGCAUUUGUGUUGAUGACUCGCGAGAAAGAAUGGUAUUGCUCUAUCAACGAUUGGUUUGCCUACAUGAAGAAUGGUGACGUAUCUGCUGGGUCAAACUGUGCAGUUUUCAAGGCGUACAAUCUAGAGAAGAUGCAGUUCUCCUACGAAGACACAGUGGUAUGGUUAUUUGUACAUUUGCAGUACAUUGUUGCGGCUGUCGCUUUGAACGUGAAGAAUCCGUUUCGAUUACCGUUCUACUCGAAUCGAAUUUUCACGAUCGUGUUGAUCGAAGAGCUCGUGGUGAAUCUCUGGCUACUACUUGACAGCUCGAAUGCUGUUAACGAUAUCUUUCAGCUUUUACCAAUCCCCGUUUCAUUCCGCUGGAAGCUGCUUGGACUCUUUGUUGGAGAGCUGGUUGUCUGUGUGAGCUGGGAGUUGAUUGCAACACGUGUGUUGCCGAAGUGGAGACGACAACGCCAAUAGCGUCCAAGUAUUCACGUACUUACAUUAAAUGGUUGCUACAUCUAGCUUGCUAGAGUUCUUCCUCUCGCAAGCUAUCAUCACUGUCACUGCUACUGUUACUACUGCAGUCACUGUCACUGUCGUAAAAGAAGAUGGAGUUACAGUCCUUAAUGGUUUCACCAUAAUACAUGUAGUCGGAGUCAACCGAGAAAUACGAGCUACAUGACUGGUUUGUGUCGGUCUCAGCGACUGAGUUGGCCUUCUUUCGACUAUCAAGAGUGCUGAGUCCACGUACCCGACAA